AUGGAUCUGAAGCAAGAUGGGCUGGAGCAGAGUGAUCCUGCUUGUGGACGUCGGAUAGGAGAUAGAAUUGAGAUGUGCAAGAACGGGGAGAUUGACACUCGAAGCAUAAAGGGACUAUCACCAGUUAAAGUGAGGCCGGUGGUGAGGGGACUGAAUGUUUCGGGCGGUGAAGCUCCAGCCGCCUGCUUGGUGCUGGACGCGUCGGUGGAGUACAGUAGCCGCACUUGCCCCGGCAAGUGCACAGUAAUCCGUCAUUCUCCUGGCUUGCGGAUGCGAGACCGUCAAAGCAUCCCGCGCAGGUUUGCGGGUGGGUGGGUGGGAGGUGAGUGUCACACGGAGCCUCGCCUACUUUACCGACCUCCCCUUUCACGCAGAGGCUCGGUCUCCGCCCCCAGCCCGCUGCCCCCGGCCGCCCGGCAGCCCGGCAGCCCGGAGUCUGACGUGGCAGCAGCCUUUAUAGCGGGGCGGACUUGCCCCGCCGAGCCGUGUUUCCGGGAGAGCCGGUGGCUGGCGACCUUCGCCACGAUGCUCAUCGUCGCCCUUCUGGGGCUGUUUCAGGCGGCGUUUUGCUACAAGCUCGACUUCGGGAAGCUGCCGGGACUGGCUCGGGGCAGAGUGGAGACCUGCGGAGGAUGACAGUUGAGUGUCCUCCCGGAGGUGAAAGCUUUCGUUAAUGAAGACUUGCCUCUUUAUCACAACCUGGUGUUGAAGUAUAUCCCGGGAGCCAACCCCAUGCUCCUUCUGUUCAACCGCAACCUCGAAGAACUAAAUCGAAUAAACCUGAUGCCCAUGACCAGGAGCCAGAUCAAUGAACUACUGCAGAAACUGGGCUUUUACAAGAAGGAGAGUGCCAAUGCCCCAGUGCCCCCCGAGUUUCUGCACGCACCGAUGGCAGGGAAACCUGACAGCCAGCCUACAGCCGAACCUGUUCACGGGGUCACGACUGAUCAACAGGACGAGCCUGAUGAGAUGAAGCAGGACUUGUAACCGAUGGUCGAAAUGUUAUUGCCUUGCCUCCUAAUCAGAGGGCAGGUACAAGUGGAUUGUAAAUGUAAUGGUUCUUGUUUUGAGUGGAGGCUUUGGUUCUCAUGACUAACUGUCUACCUGCUGUCAACACCUUGUUUCUUUUUAAACACACACAAAAUGCUGGAGGAAUUCAACAGGUCAGUCAGUAGCAUUAUGGCAGGGAUUCCCAACCUUUUUUGUGCCAUGGACUGAUCUAAGGGGUCUGUGGAUCCCAGGUUGGGAAUCCCCUGAUCUAUAAACAGUCAACGUUUCAGGCCGAGAUUCCUCAUCAGGGCUUGUGGCUUUUUAAGUCUGACAUGUCCAGUGACAGGUGACUGAGGGAAAUUGAAAUAAGUCUUCCGUUCAUGGGCAUAUACCUGGCCUGGAAACCUUGUUAAUGGUAGGUGGAUUUUGUUCAGUUGGGUUACUUGGGUCAGAUCUUCAUGGAAUUAUCUUGAGCAGUUUCUUUUUGUUCCUUUUCAUACUUUGUGGUGCAUCAGGUGACAUUUUUUUGCCAUUUUCUUAGCAUUUGUCUGUUUUUACGAGGCCAAGUUGCUAGCUGGACAGUCAACCCAGCACAGGUGGGAAGUGUACAAGGAGCUGGCUGGAUUUGAACUUGGGACCAUUUGCCUCCCAAGUCCGGUGCUGAUGCCACUACACCACCAGCUGGCUAACAAUCUCAGGCAGUAGGAUUGAUUAAUUUCUCCGAAGGAUCUUCCUUGGUCUCUGCCCUAUGAUCUGCUGUGUGCAAACCUGAAUACCCUACAAUUUCUCAAAUGAGGCUCUGAGAUUUGCAAAUUGGCUGGCUCCCACCUCUAGUCCAGGUGUGUGUAAAAUUUACCUGGCGAUGGGUGCGCCACAUUCAGAGUAGGUCUCUCUCUCUUUUCCUGAUGGUGAAAACCCUGGCAAAUGAUCUUGCCUGCACACUAGGGAAGGAUUGGAUUGUGAAGGUGCUGCAGCCCAGCUGAGGUGGGGAGGUUUGAAUUGCCCUUGUACAACAGCAGGCCAGAACAGAACAACAAGCUGGAAAAUGGAACUCAGGUGAUAUAAGUAGCGAUCUGACUAUUAAACCUGUGAAUGAUGUGUAGGGACGGCGGGGUCUACUGAUUAUUACUGCCGCCAGCAGUGAUGAUCAUUUUUCCUUCACCCUGGUCCGAUGCCAGCAAUUCUCAACACGUUGUAGACAACAGGGGGUGCUGGAGACCGAUGAAUGUGUCUCUUUGUGGCUUCCCCACUCCCUCCUGGUCUUCUGUCCCAUGUUAAACUGGUCAGAACAUGUGGAUUCUGGCUUCUGUCCCCUUCCUUUCAAGUCUUGAUGAAGGAUCUCAGCCCAAAAAGUCGAUGUUUAUUAAUUUCCAAAGAUGCUGCCUGAGGCUCCCUGACCUCCUGUGUUCCUCCAGUGUUUUGUGGCUGAGAACACGUUCAAAGAAUGCAGAGAUAUAUUGUGCUGUUUUACUGCCGAUAUUGUUUCUUCCCCUUCCUGGUGCUGGGGAUAGGCAGCUGGAUGAUGCUGACAGAAAUGUGGCCUUUCAUUGAGUGGCGCUCAAAAUGCUGGAGGAACUCAGCAAGUCAGGCAGCAUCCAUGGAGGGGAAUGAACUAUCAACGUAUCAGGCUGAGACCCUUCAUCAGAUCCUACUUCUCUCCAUAGAUGCGGCCUGAUCUGCUGAGUUCCUCCAGCGUUUUCCGUGUGUGUUGAUCAAUUAUUUCCAGCAUCUGCAGAAUCUCGUGUGUUUGAGACACUUUAUUCCUUUAACUGCCCAGCAGUAUCUACACCAGGGGAGAAAACAUUAUUUGAAACAUCGUUCUGUUGUUCACAUCUAAGUCUCAAAAACUGGCAUUCCAUUUAUGGGGAAGCAAAUAUUUUUUUUUAAAUGACAAUCAGUAAUUGUGAUAAUAUGGUUCAAUUUAAUAUCACAGCAUGUAUACAAUACACCACCUGAAGUUCUUACUCUUCACAGACAUCCACGAAUCAGAAGAAAACCCCCAAAGAAUGAAUGACAGACAGAAGUUAGAACCCCAAACGUCCAAAGCAAUUACCAACACAUAGUUGAUAUGUGUAACUAAUUGUUGCUGAGGUGUUGCCAAUCUACCCUUCUGUUGCUUCACUCAGGUUCUGACGAAGAGAUUCCACCUUGCCCAGUCUCGGGUAUAUAUGGUCCAUUCAAAUAAAAAAAAAAUCCAUAAAAAAUAAUUUUAUUUUUUAACUUGUAAUAAAAGCAGAAUAUGUUUGAAACACUCAACAGGUAACAUUUCUGUAUGUUUCAGGUUGACGUUCUUUUAAGUUAUCUGUCGAGUGUUUUAAACGUUUCUUUUUUUUUUGUUAAUUUUGGAUUUCCAGCGGAUGUCAUACUUUGCUUUCAACUUGUAACUUUUUGUGUGCUUUUGGCGCUCCGAGCUUCCAGAAACCUUGCCUGUUCUUUCGCAGUUCACACUGAAUCUGCCCAGAUCCACUGAAUUUGAGAGGCUGGGUUGGUGCCGUGUGUACACAAGUACCUUCAGUCCUCAAGGGAAUUGAAUGAAGCUCUCAGCUUAAAGGUGACGGUGCUGAGAGCAGAGGAGAAAUAUUCCUGAGGACUAAAGGCACUCGGUGCAGGGCACCAGUAUUCUCAGAAUGUAUUGUUCCUGGCUCUCAGUAAAA